CCAUUCUUGCAAUAGAAAAUCCACAGACAACUCAUUCCUGAGCAGCAGCAAACACACACACCACAUUAUUUUAGUAUCAUGGCUCAAACAAUGCUGCUCACUGCAAAUCCUUUGUUGAAAGGUGAGCAGCCAUUGCUGAUCCAAAGGCUUAAACCUCAGUCAUUUUCCGAGAUUAUCCUCUCUCCCAGGAUCAAUACUUCUCCUCUCUCCUCCUCUACUACUACUGUUGCUCUCUUCAAAUCCAAAGCCAAAGCUGCUCCUGCUAAGAAGGUAGUGGUGAAGGAGAAGCCUAAGGUUGAAGAUGGGAUUUUUGGGACAUCUGGUGGAAUUGGUUUUACUAAGCAAAAUGAGCUUUUUGUCGGUCGUGUUGCUAUGAUUGGAUUCGCUGCUUCCCUAUUGGGAGAGGCUAUAACUGGGAAAGGAAUCCUUCAACAACUAAACUUGGAAACUGGGAUUCCAAUCUAUGAGGCAGAGCCUCUUCUUCUUUUCUUCAUCCUUUUCACCCUUCUUGGAGCUAUUGGUGCCUUGGGAGACCGUGGUCGGUUCGUCGACGACGACGUCCCUGCCCCUGGUCCAAUUAUAGCCCCCGGCAAGGGCUUCAGGGCUGCUCUUGGACUUGGAGAAGGUCCUUUAUUCGGAUUCACCAAGGCCAAUGAACUAUUUGUUGGAAGAUUGGCUCAACUUGGAAUUGCUUUCUCUUUAAUUGGAGAAAUUAUAACUGGAAAAGGAGCUCUUGCACAGUUGAACAUUGAGACUGGAGUCCCUAUUGGCGAACUCGAACCGCUUUUGUUGUUCAACAUAGUCUUCUUCUUUGUUGCUGCAAUUAACCCUGGAACGGGAAAGUUUGUCACCGACGAAGAAGAUGAUUAAAUGUUUAUAUACCAAGUCUGAAUAACAACUCUUGUGUCUAGUGUUUUGUUAGUAAGUAGUAGAACAUAUUUCAAUCACUUGUGUUUCUAUCUUAAAUGUAUAUUUCAUGUUUGUGGAACAUCUUCGGAUGUUUCUCUGUUCUUUGGAUA